AUGCCCCAAGGCGGCAAUUCCCUCAAUCCACACAUCGUCGGGGAGCCCACAUAUGAUGGGCUUGCCCGCUACAUUGAGCAGAAGAAUGUGAGGAAGAUACUCGUCCUGGCUGGGGCUGGAAUAAGCGUUGCGGCGGGCAUUCCGGAUUUUCGGUCCCCCAACACUGGCCUCUAUGCGAAGGUUGAUAAGUACAAUCUCGCGUCUCCGACGGAUGCGUUUUCGCUACAACUCCUGCAGGAGCGACCGGAGGUGUUCUACAAUAUCGUGUGUGAGAUGGAUUUGUGGCCCGGGAAGUUUUGGCCCACACCGGUGCAUCACUUCAUCAAAUUGCUAGCUGACAAGGGUCGGUUACUGCGCUGCUGCACGCAGAACAUUGAUGGGCUUGAGCGGUGCUGCGGUAUACCUAAUUCGCUGCUGGUUGAGGCGCAUGGUUCCUUCUCUUCUGCCUCUUGUAUCAAAUGCCGUUCCUUGUACGACAUCAACGUGGCGAGCCAAGAGGCGAAAAGAGGCGAAGUGCCACACUGCACCCAGUGCGGCGGGGUUGUGAAACCUGACGUUGUUUUAUUCGGCGAGAAACUUCCAGUUUCGUUUUUCCAGGCCUAUGAAGACAUCAUGGAAACAGAUUUGCUUCUCAUCAUGGGUACCUCGCUCCAGGUGCAUCCCUUCGCGGAGCUCGCAUUUAAGGUUCGACCCGACGUGCCACGUGUGCUGUUCAACUUGGAACGCGUGGGGGGAUCAAUGUUCCACUUCCCUACUGAUGACAUAGGGCCGUCCGCCACCGCCACAACAACUACUACUACCACCACCAGCAGCAGCAGGGGUGGCAGUGGCAGUGGCAGCGGCAGCAGCAGAAGUAGUAGCUCCAGCGAGGGCUUCUCUCAGUAUAGGCACUACCCUGUUCACUCGGAGGAUGUGUGCCGCGACAUUUUCUUUCCCGGGGAUUGCCAGACGUCGGUGCGCCGCUUGGCUGAGGCGAUGGGCCUCGGUGAGCAACUGUCCGCGUCGAUCCGCGAGGGCGAAAAGAAACGCGAGAGGAAGUAUGAAGAAUAA